AUGAACGCCUCAUUCAACGCUGGUUCGGUGUCGGUCCCCCUCGUGCCCUACGACGUCACUUCCAACGGCCCGGCCACCCUGCAAGCGUCUCAGCAGAGUUCCGUCCCGCGUUCGUUGACGACAUACCACGGCCAUGGAAAGCGCGACCGCGAGAUCGACGACGUCGACGAGACAUCCGAGGCCAAGCGAGUUUGCGUCAUCGAUCCUCCACGAGCAGCAUCGUCGGGCUUCGUGCUGAUCGCGGGCCGUCCUCCAGGCCUUCUCGGCGAAGGCGUCGACGUCGCCAUGAGCGACGAAGCAAUGCCACCGCCCCCUCCACCCGUGAGCGCGUUCAAGCUGCCGGAUUCCCGGGACAUCCGCGUGGACAGUGCGUACCGAAGCUGGCGCGACAAAGACGCGCGCGAUUCGGCGCCAAAGCCAAUUCAGGCGCCCACGAUCGCCCAAGCUGAUCCUGCGGGAUACGUCGCCGCCAUCUACGACUUCGAUGAAGUUGACCCUGACGCAUCGUUCAUGGCCGACGACUCGGACAGCGACGACGAUGACGAUGGCCCGAUGGAGUUGUCCUUUGACGACUUCAAGCAGGAGAUGGACACCGUCCUGGAGGAGAUUGACGAGCCGCUGCCGGCGUGGGCCCACACCCCGGCGAGGAGGCCUCCCGGCGACGUGCCAACGUACGCUAUCAUACCCAAGAAGUGGCAGCGACCGGGGCCGUCGCCGCUCUCGCAGAGCACGACCGUGGAGCCCACCGCUUACCGCAACACGGACAAGAAGCUGAGGGUCCGGCCGAUCGCUCGCGACCACGCGAAGUAUAUGGAUCACCAGCGCGGCCGUCGGUUGGUGCUGCGCGCUAACACGGAGAAACUGUUAUGGUGGAAUUUCCUCGUCGCCGGCGCGGUUCCGCCGCCCUCGGUUAAGGGCACUCCCCGCCUGCGCGUUGAGGAGCCCCUCGUCGGACCACCGAGCCGGUAUGCCUACAAGGACAACGCCAGUAACCGGGUUCCGCGCGAUGACUUCACUGGCCCGUCUGCCCCGGCUCACCGUAUACCCUCCAAAGGAAAAUGGAGGGUACCGUGUGACGAGAAGAACCGCCCGCUGUGCGACGUUUUCGCCAUCCACUUUGAAGAGGGCGAUUAUAAUCAAACGGUGUGGACGGACCAACGCGCCAUGAAGUUCUGGCGAGACAACCAUGAAGCGAUCGAGGCCCUCACCGGGCAGAGGACGACCGGCAGCAUUCUCCGAACCUGGAAGGAUACCUUGGAUACCCUGCACGCGCUUUGGACUGGAGACACAGACACUUUGGAUGACGGCGGGGAUCCAGCGGAUUACGACGAGCCGCCGGAGGAAGACUCCAGCGACGACGAGGACGACGAGGACGGGGAGACACAGGGGUCGUCGAGCCAGGGAAACGGUGUUAUGGACGUUGAUGACGAUGACGACGACAUGGAGGAUGUCGUCUAA